AUGGCAGUGGCAACAGACAUCUUGGCGAUGGGACUGGGAGGGCUGGGCCUUUUGCUUCUCGUUCUGGGCGCCGGAGCAGAUUGCUGGAGGCAAGACGCCAAGGACCCCCUGUCUUCGGUGGGGCUGAGUGCCCGGUGCCGGGGGUUGUGGAGUGAGUGUGUGUUUGAUAAUGUCGCCGACCUCUGGACCUGUGACAUCCCGAUCUCCUAUCUCAGCGAGCAUCCAGUUGUUCUCGUGGUCACUCGGGUCUUGGUGAUCCUCUCUGCCUUUCUGACUCUUUCUGCCAUACCUCCUUUCGUUGCUGGCAUGAAAUGUACCAAGCUAAUGCAUGGCAGAGUCCUUCAGAAACAGAAGUACUCCCUAGCUGCUGGGAUCCUGUUCCUCUUAGGAGGGCUCUCUGGAGCAGUUGCUUCUCUGUGGUACGGCAUCGACACCGUUCAGAAGUAUAAGCUUGAGGUCAGCUUGGGCAUCCCUGGCGUGACUUAUGAGCUUGGCUAUUCCUAUUGGAUGGCUGCCGUGGGCGCCGCUUGCGCCAUUUCUGGCGGUGCCUUGUUGAUUGCUGCCAACUGUCUCGAUGUCCAGGCGCCGAAGAGAGAGCAGAACCUUCUCUGCAGCCCACUGACCUCCAAGGGGCCACAAACCUACCUAUGA